UUAACAUCUUCUGAUAAGAUGGGAGGUGGGUUUAGGCUGCCGCACUUAGUAAGACGGUUUCUUCCCGAAGUUCAGACUGCUGACUCAAAAGUGUCACUGCCAUUUAGAGAGAAGAUCAUAUAUACUGUCAUCUCUCUUUUCAUUUUCCUGGUUUACAGUCUGCUCCCUGUACACUCGACAACAGACGCAGAUCCAUUCUAUUGGAUGCGUGCUAUCGUUGCUUCAAAGCAUGGAACUCUCUUGGCACUUGGAAUCACUCCCAUCGUGACUUCGGAGAUGCUCAUGGUAUUUUUGGUUGGAUGUAACAUCAUUCAAGACUCAAAUUAUAAUUAUAUUGAAUUAAUUUUUCUUUUAUAUGGCAGCAAAAAUCUACUUGCUAUUUUGAUAGCUCUUGGACAAGCAGUUGGUUAUGUUCUUUUAGGGAUGCAUGGUAGUGUGGGCCAAUUUGGAGUAGGAAAUGCUGUACUCAUCAUUAUGCAGCUCUUUUUUGUGGGUAUUAUUGCGAAAUGUUUAGAUCAGCUUCUUCAAAAACGAUAUCUUUCGCUAUUUAUGGCCACUGCUAUCUGUGGAAACAUUAUAUGGCAGGCAUUUAGUCCCGCCAUUGUUAAUACUGGACGUGGAGCUGAAUUUGAGGGUUCUGUUAUUGCUCUCUUCCAUUUGUUGAUAACUAAAACACACAAGAUUUCUGCUCUUGGUGAAGCAUUUUACCGGCAGAAUCUUCCCAAUCUAGCAAGUCUUCUUGCCACUGUCAUCAUCAUCCUAAUUGUGAUAUACUUCCAACGUUGCCGUCUGUCAAAGAAUGCCCAAGGACAGCAGGGUUCAUAUUCAAUCAUGCCCAGUUUUAUUCUGUCUCCAAUCAUGUCCAUUUUUCUUCAGUCUAACCUUGCUUUCAUUCUCUACUCUAUCUCCCGGCUUCUCUACCGUAAGUUCAGUGUAAAUUUCACUGUCUCCGAUUAUGGAAUUGGUCAUUCAAUUCCUUCCAGUUAG